GGAGGUCCGUGUGGGGUGCGAUAGUCUGGGUUUAGCUGCCUGCAGCAAGGCCUGCGGGCCGGGUUUAGGGGACAUUAAGGGACAAGAAGCUGUCUGGGGGGGGCUCGGUGUCAGCGUGGCAGGCUGGCUGCCUCCCUGGGCAUGGAAACCCCCCCAGCCCGCGGGCAGGUCCUGCCCUCGCUGCCAGACACGUGGAGCAGCUUUUGCUCUGGAAGGAGGUCGGGACCGCUGCCCGCAAACCGCCCUGCCAGGAGAUGGGGUUUGGGGGCUCCCCCCCAUGUGAAUUUGCGACAGCGAGCCGUCCCUGUGCGGGAUUUCGGGAAGCAUCUGGCACGGGGUUGACGUCGUGGGGGUCACGCUUGGCUUUGCCAGCGUUUCUUGUCCCUGGCGUCACCUUCCCGGUUGUGGGGGGGUUGGUUUGCGACCAGGAUCGAUGAGCUCUGGGAAAUGAACCCGAGGGACGCGGGAAAGGAAAAGAGGGGCCCUGGCAGCUCCGUCGCGUUCUCGGUGCCGCUGGGCAUCGCUCCCGGGCACGUUCCUCUGUGUCCCCCCCUCCGCGGCGGUUUGUUCCCUCUGCCCCGUCCCGGCGGUGAUAAAGUAGGUCAGGCACCGCGGCACCGCGACCGGGACCCCGAGGUUGUGCGGAGCUGGAGAGACCCCCGGAGCCACGUCCCGGCCCCCCAGCGCUCGGCACGGCUGCGCACCCCCCAAACACCAUGACCCCCCGGCGCUGCUGCCUGCUGCUGCUGCUCUGCCUGCUCCCCUGCCCGCGGGUCCGGGCCGGCGGGGACGCCGCGGUGCCCGGGCUCUCCGCAGCCUCCUUCCUCCAGGAUCUCCUCCAGCGCUACGGCGAGAGCCAAACCCUCAGCCUCAAGCAGCUCAAGGCGCUGCUGAACCGCCUGGACGUGGGGGUGGGACAUGGAAAUGCAUCCCAAGAGCCGCAGCAGCGCCUGAACCUCUCCCGGUGCUUCAGCUCCGCGGAGCUUUUCGCCAUCCACAACCUGAGCGAGGGCUCGGCCGUGGGGCACAGCGAGUUCAGGGAGUUCUGCCCCACCAUCCUGCAGCAGCUGGAGUCGGGGGCCUGCGCCUCCGAGAAGCUGGAAAACGAGGAGAAUGAGCAGACGGAGGAGAGCAGACCCAGCUCGGCCGAAGUCUGGGGUUACGGUUUCCUCUGCGUCACCGUCAUCUCCCUCUGCUCGCUGGUGGGAGCCAGCGUGGUGCCCUUCAUGAAGAAGACCUUUUACAAGCGGCUGCUCCUCUACUUCAUAGCUCUGGCGAUUGGAACUCUCUACUCCAACGCCCUCUUCCAGCUCAUUCCCGAGGCGUUCGGAUUUAACCCUCAAGAAGAUUAUUACGUUUCCAAAUCCGCCGUGGUGUUCGGGGGCUUCUACCUCUUCUUCUUCACCGAGAAGGUGCUGAAGAUGCUCCUGAAGCAGAAGGACCAGCAUCACCACGGGCACAGCCACUACGGCCCCGAGGCUCUGCCGUCCAAGAAGGACCAGGACGAAGGGGUGACUGAAAAGCUGCAGAAUGGGGACCUGGACCAUAUGAUCCCCCACAUAACCAGCGAGCUGGAGUGCAAGAACCCGUCCGGGGACGAGAAGGUCGUGGUGGGCUCCCUGUCUGUCCAGGACCUCCAAGCCUCCCAGAGCGCAUGCUACUGGCUGAAGGAGGUGCGGUACUCGGACAUCGGUACGCUGGCGUGGAUGAUCACCCUCAGCGAUGGCCUCCACAACUUCAUCGACGGCUUGGCCAUCGGGGCGUCCUUCACCGUGUCCGUCUUCCAAGGGAUCAGCACGUCCGUGGCCAUCCUCUGCGAGGAGUUCCCGCACGAGCUGGGGGACUUUGUCAUCCUGCUGAACGCCGGGAUGACCAUCCGCCAAGCGCUGUUCUUCAACUUCAUCUCCGCCUGCUGCUGCUACGUGGGUUUGGCCUUCGGCAUCGUGGCCGGCAGCCACUUCUCUGCCAACUGGAUCUUCGCUCUGGCCGGAGGGAUGUUCCUGUACAUCGCGCUGGCUGACAUGUUCCCUGAGAUGAACGAGGUGAGCCGCGAGGACGAGCAGAACGGCAGCGCACUCAUCACCUUCGCCAUCCAGAACGCGGGGCUGCUGACGGGCUUCACCAUCAUGGUGCUGCUCACCAUGUACUCCGGCCAGAUCCAGAUCGGGUAGGACCAGCCCGACACGCAGCCCUGUUCCAGUUUUUCCUUUUUUUGUUGUUUUUCUUUUGGGGGGGAAAUGGGGUAUUUCUUUAUUUUUUUUAAUUUUCCUGCUGCAAGCAUACGACGGUACCUGUGCGGGCACUGAGCACACUACAGAAGAAGAGGCAUUGCUUGUAAAGCUAUUCCACAGACUUUAUUUUGGUUUAAGUUGAGGGGAGCUUAUUCCCCUUCACCGUAGGACCGAACUGACCGGCCGAUCUUUUUCCAGUGUCGUAUCCCUUCUCUCCUCCCGUCUCCUGGGAAGGAUGGAACUGGGAGACAGGAGCUCCUCUUGCCGUUUUGCUCCCCUCCUUGUGCUCGGACGGGCCGUGACGCUUUCCUGACCCCUUGGCAGGGGGCAUGCGAUGGGGAAGGCCCUUCUCGGAGCUUCCCAGCAGCCAGAGCUUGGAGCUGGGCUCUCCGAGCACAGGGGGCUGCCGAGGAAGAGGAGGUUGAAGAGCACAGCUCGUGAUUUGAGCAACACCUUUGCUGUCUUCAGAAGAGCGCGUCUCUGGAGCCGCGUCUUGGUUUUUGCUCCCGUUCCGCCCUGGCAGCCCAAACGAUGCCCUGGGAAGAGCAGGGUGAAGAGGAUUUGGUUUCUUUUAAUUAUUAUUUGGAAGCACAUUCUGGGUGUCAGGAGCAGAGGACACCAAACCGCACCUUGCGCGGGCCGGACCGACUUGUGGGCUGGUGGCCGGGAUGCCCUGACCUCCCUUAGGUCCCUGCUGCUCUAUGAGGGUGGAAAAAACCCCUUUUCCUUCCGUGGGGGCAGAUAAGGGUGAGAAGGGCACGAGAGCAGCACGGGACCACAAGCCCCUGCCCGCCCAUGGGCUCCCCAAACAGAUCCAUCGGUCCUUACACUGUGACCAAGCUCCCGCCAACACCUGGGAACGGACGCCGGUUUUUAAACGCUGAUGCUGCUGAGGUGGGGUGGGGGAAGGUGGUUUGUUGUUUUUUUAAAACAAAAAUAGACUGUGAACCUCUUUAGGUUGUUUCCAGCCUCAGGGAGCAGCCAGAGGAGGGUGUUGCAGGCACUUGGUGGCUCUGCUGCUGGGCUGGCUUUCCCCAGAUUCACUACGUGAAUUGACUUAUUAUCAUAUUGAUAACGUUGCCCGCCCCACCCGUGUUGCUUGAAGUUCCCUUGCACCCCUUUUCCCCAAAAAAACCCUUUAUCCCGCACUGGGGAGCGAUGAGUUUGUGGCCGUGACGAUCAGUGGGAGGUGAUUUCAGCAGGUUACCCUCGUGGGUACAGCACCAGGUUGGGAUGAAGGAGCGAUGGCUUUGAGAAGCAAUUCAGUGUGCGUGUGUACCUCGCUGUAGCAAUUUGCCUCGGCUACUAGCAGGAUAAUGCACCUCUUGGGCUCCAAACGGUUGUCGCCAAGUCCCCUGUUGAGAUGUGGCACCGCCAGUGUCCCCGCGGGUCCGCUCUGGGUGGCUUUGGCAAGUCCAGGCGUUGACUUUGUCCCUUUGGCACCCAGGAGGUUAAAUUAUCAGCGUGUCGAGGAGCUGGGAGCCUCCUCGGGAGCCCCCUGGGGUUGGCGAUGCCUCCAAGGCAAGACAGGCUCUGCUUUAUUCCACACAGUGUCUUUUUCUCAUGUGGACGGUCGCCACAAGUCACUUUGCGGGACAAAACCCCCUUGAAUCAAUGUGAUUUGUCCUGUUUUGGGCCCCUCCGCAGCAUGUCGCGGUCGUUUCGUGCUUUGGCUGCUAUUUUUUGGGUAGUCGGGAGGAAAGCGGUGUUGGAAACUGCCCGAGAGCCACGGCCGACUGGCUCGCUGUGGAAAAUCUGAGUCCUCCAGCCGGCACAAGUGCCCUCUCUCCUCUCUCAAGGAAGCAUUUGGAAAGCGCUCCCGUCGCUGGCGGCGUUCCACGGGGCAGAGCGUGGCCAGGGCUCCGUCACGGCUGGCAGGAGCGGUUCGGAUGGAAAAACCUCUGCGGGGGGGUGAAAUCUUACCGUCUGCCCCCACCCCGGGAUCGCGGGGCACUCGCAGGCCAUGGCCAGAGGGUCCCGGAGAGCUGGGAAUGCGGCAAGAACCGACGCUCGGCUUCCUCGGGGCUGGUACGGGCUCCUCAUCGCACGGUGGGGAUGCCAAGGUUGUCGUCGUCUUGUUCUGAGUUUAACCCUAUUUCUUGAGAAACCUACAAAUUGGAGAUUUGGGGGGACAAGGGGUGAAACCCCUCAGAGAAACGAAGCUUCUCACAAAGAGGGACCCACCAAAGGGCCAGCAGGAGGAAUAAAACGACCCGAACCGAGCUUGUUACGGAUUUAUUCUUUGCCAUCCACGUUUCCCUUCCCGUGUCCGGUUCGAAGCUCAAGUUCCAUCUCAGUAUUCCGAUAACUCAGGUGUUUGUAAGAGAUAACACGCCGAAACAAAGACCAUAACUUAUGUCACGUGAAGUGUAAAGUCAUUUGUAGGAUUCCAUAAAUAAAAGUCUGUUCCGUAACGACAA